CAAAGAGAACCCACCUCGUCCUACCAUGCUUGGGUUCAGACCGUAUCUACAUCGUGGAUGUUGCCGAUCCAAGGGCGAUGAAGCUGGAGAAGACAAUCGAACCUAAAAAGCUGCACGACUUGGGCGUCUCGUUCCCGCAUACGUCGCACUGUCUGGCCAACGGGAAAAUUCAUGGAUAUCGCACACUGGGCGAUAAAGACGGCGGAAAUAGAGGGAAUUUCCUGUUGCUGGAUGGUCAGAGCUUUGAGCCAACGGGUAACUGGAUCCCAGCCGAUGGCGACGUGGCUUUCAAUUAUGAUUUUUGGUACCAACCCCGGCAUAAUGUGAUGAUGUCUACCGAAUGGGGCGUACCGCGGUUAAUCAAGGAAGGAUUUAACCCAGCUCACGUGCAACAGGGCAACUACGGUCACAGUGUGCACAUUUUCGAUUGGACCACGCGGGAGAAGCGGCAAACAAUUGAACUCCCUAUGCCUGAAGGUGCAAUCCCCCUGGAGAUCCGCUUCCACCACGAGCCGGAGAGCCAACAUUGCUUUGUCGGAGCUGCCCUAGGAUCAUCCAUUUUUCACAUUCGACCCGACAAUGAGGAUCCUGAAAAAUACGCGGCUGACUGUGUGAUCAAGGUGGAGCCACUCGAGGUCGAGGGCUGGGCUCUACCAAUGAUGCCCUCCCUCAUCACUGAUAUCCUCAUCAGCAUGGAUGAUCGUUUCCUCUACUUUUCGAAUUGGCUACACGGAGAUUUGCGUCAGUAUGACAUCUCCGAUCCUGAGCACCCGAAAUUGACUGGCCAGCUCUGGCUUGGCGGCAGCCUUCACAGCGACACCGGCGUGACGGUGAAAGAUGCGAGCUUUAAGCAGCCCGAGCCCCUGUUUGUUAAGGGAACAAGGAUCGCAGGCGCUCCACAAAUGCUGCAGCUAAGCCUUGACGGGAAACGGCUCUAUGUCACCAUGUCUCUAUACAGGCCCUGGGAUCGUCAAUUCUACCCGAAACUGCUAGAAACCGGUGCCGCGAUGCUCCAGAUCGACGUCGAUGUCGAGAAGGGCGGAAUGAAGCUGAACAACGAUUUUCUGAUCAAUUUCGGAGAGGUAGAAGGUGGACCAUACGUGGCUCACGAGAUGCGCUACCCGGGCGGCGAUUGCACUUCCGAUAUCUGGCUU